AGCUCUGAAAGCUUGCGUGUGGUGAGGAGUGUUGGUGUUGAUUUUGAUUAUGAUAAUUAUGAAUAUUUAUGAUAUACCGGUUGAGUUGUUGGUUAAUUCAAUAUUAUCGUGAAAAGAAUAACAGAAUUAUUUGAUUCACUUCUAUGAACAGUUCAAAGUGAAAAUUAAAUUGUUCAAACAAUGGUAAAAGAUACGAUGGACAGACAUCCUAAACUAAAAAGAGGUGAUUCGAAAAUUGAAAACAUUAAACUGACGAAUUCAGAUAAUAGUAACGUUUAUCAUAAGGCUAUAGAAUUCGAAGAACAAGAAGCUCUGUCUCGGUCCGGAGACGGUGAUUAUGAAACAUUCAAACAGUGUUGUGAUAAAUUUCGAGAAAUCAUUAAAUCGGUUGGAGAUAUAAAAAGUCGAAGCGAUGGAAAGCAAAGCGAUGCAGUAAAUAGUUAUCGUAUCGAUGGCUCUUUGCUGUUUGUAAAGAUGAAGAAAUUGAACCGUCUUGAAAAAUUUCGUUUGAACAAUGCUCGAGACAAGUUGUACGAUACAAAACGAGAAGUAGAUAAUCUGCAUUUACAGUGGCAAAAUCUUCUUUAUGAAACACAUCAUUUGAAGAAAGAAAUAACCAAGUGUUUGAGUUUCAAAUCUAAAGAUGAACACAUUGAAUUAAUACCUUUAGACGAAUUUUACAAAAGUGCUCCUCAGUCGAUUUCAAGACCUGAAAUUACUAAAAAAGACCGCCAUCAGUUGAGAUUGGCCCGUCUGGAAUGGGAAUUGAAACAGCGAAAAAUGUUGGCGGAAACUUUUCAUGAUUUGGAGAAGGAGAAAGAGCAAGUUGCUCUUGAUAUCAAAAAAAGAGAAGAUCGUAUUGAAAAUCUGGGUCCUAUGAUAAGAAAUAUUUUGACAGUUACGAAACCUAUGCAAGAACAUUUGAGUUUGCCUAUGCCACAAAUACAAGUGGAACCGGAAUUAGCAGAAUUACUGCCGCAUCCUUUAUACUUUCUUUCUAUUCAAGUAGAUGCCAUGCGAGAAGCUUGUGAUUCUUUAUUGAAAAUUCGCAUUGACGGUGAUAAAGAAGCGGCUGCGAGAUUCAAUAAUAAUCUUUCCGAACUAACAUCAUUCGAAGAAUCCGAUUCAGAUGAAGAAUCGCAAAAUCAUCAUCACAGGCGCAAAACAAAGAAACAAAUUAGGGAAGAAAAAAAGAAAAAAUUAUUAAUGAAGCACCCACUUACUGUUAAUGUACAGAUAUUCUUGAAAGAUAAAAGAAGUAUUACCAUUCCGUUUGCGUAUCUGAUUAAUCUUCGUAUUGUCACAGUAAUGCCUAUAGUUAAUAUUGAUAGUAGCCUGGAUGGCGUUUGUUGCAGACAUUUACUCGAACCAAGGAAUAUUUUAAAUGGACUUUUUGAUCAAGAUUAUGGAAGUGAGAGCCCUAACGCUGCUAAUAAUUAUCAGUUGCAACAAUUGGGUUUGGAUUUUGAUAUCUUCAGUCUCGGAAUUCCAUAUGCAUGGGCUCAAAAAUUGUGUGGUUUGGAUUUCACUAGACGUACUUCUAAUGAUAAUUUUAUUGUUGACGCGAAAACAAAUGCAGCUCAACGGAAUUUGUCAAUAACUGUAGCGAAAAUUCGUCGACACUUUCAAACUAUCGUGGAUCUGUGUGAUCAAUUAAGAGAAAUUGAUAAGUUACGCAUGCCUGAAAAGUUUCGUGAUGUUACUUCGCUUCCUGUAAAAAUAAGUUGCACGUUGACAAAAUGGAGUCUAUUAUCGUGGGAUCAAUUGAACUCAUAUGCGCAUACUAAACAUUUAAUACCGAUUUUGAAUUUAUCUGAAUAUGAUUGCUUCUUUGAAGCAGUCUUCGUUAGAAAUGGAGCUAAAUUGGUCGCUGUAAUACUUCUGAAGCCGGACUAUCCCGAUAUUACACCAGUUUUCUCUUUAAAAAUUGAAAAUUCAGGAGUAAAAUUGACAGCUGAAAAUGAUACGAAUAUUAAAGAUAUGGAAAAAGAAGUAAAUCUAUUCGUAGACGAGUUAUUUGAUCAGCUAGGAAAACGAAAAAAUUGGAUAUUAACUGCUCAGUUGUACAAGUUGGCAGUAUGUUUCGAUAUUUUCUUAGAAUGCACAGAUAGCGCCAACUUUCCUCGUGAAAAAUUAUUCCUUUUCAAUUUCCGUGGACGGACUAGAAGCCUGCCUUUUAAAUUUACGAAACAAGGAAACGAAGGACUGUUUGUUCAAAGAUGAUCAAUAAUAUAAACUCAUCAGUGUGAAACUAUUUUUUUUGUAAUAAUCAGACAAACGUUAAUAAAUUUGUACAUAAUUGAAAACCA